GAUGACCUCGGGGACGAGAUGGCGGAGGCAACCAACAAGAACGAGGAGGACUUGGCAGCCCUGCGAGCGCGCUGGGACACAGUACGAUCGAUGGGAGCGUCCGCGGCGUACGCGCAGCUCCCGCAAGACCAGCGCAACACCUGCGAGGACACGACGAUUGCCGAGCUGGCCGCCUGCGCGAACUUUCUGCGCUACGGCGUGCAAGGCGGCUGCUCGGAGGAGGACCCCAGGGCAACGCUCGCCGCGGACCCGCGGUGGGCUCCGCUACUCAAGAAGGAGAAGCUGACAGACAGUUGCGACCACUUCCCCAAGAAGAAGCACCACUCGAAGAUGGUGCGCUUCCGCCUUCCCGGGUCCGCGGCCGCCGAGGGCGACGCGUCCGAGCACGACGACGCCUACGGCCAGCGCGAGACCGAGGAAGGCACCGCGACCAGCCCCAG